CGCGCGCGUCCCGGGGAAUCUGGCACCCGGCUAGCGUCCGAGGAGGAGGGCUGCUUGGCCGGCGGCUUCCUCAGAUACACAGCAGCCGAGGGGAUGGGAGGAGGCACUCCAUGGCCACUUCUGCAGCCUGGGCAGGAGGCGCUUGCCUGCUCCUAGCAGGGCACGCGGAGCACAGGCUUGGGCCAGGAGGGCGCCCCCUCCGCGCUGCUGCUGCCGCCCCUUCCAGCAGCUGCAGCUGCUGCUGCCAACCGAGCUCGGCCCCCUCCUGCUGCUGCGGCUCCCCACUUUUGCUCGCGGCGCCGCCUCUUGGCCAGGCUGGCGCGGAGCUUGGCGGCGAUCUUGCGCUCGUGGCCGGCGGGCACGGCCCAGUUGGUGCGCUGCUCCCGCUCGCGGCGGCUCCGGCCCUUCCCGCCCGAGCCCGGCCCCCGCGGCCCCCAGCGCCAGGCUCGCUCGCGCAGCUGCUCCACGCGUUCCGCCUCCCACUCCCAGGGCGACUCCGAGGAGGCCGACUGCGCAAGCGCCAGCUCCGAGGGAUCCUCCCAACCGCCGCGCGGCGCCCGCGAGCGGCUCCGGCGGCCCUUCCGCAUGGCGCGGCGCCGCAGCUCCCUCUCUCUCUCUCCCCCUCUCCCUCCCCCACCAUGGCUCUUCACCUGCCGCGCCAUUGGCUGAGGCCCUCGCGCCCUGCCACGCCCCCCCGCGACAUCACAGAGCCCGCCCUGAGUGGCCCUGCCCUCCUCUCGUCGCCAUGGCAACGGGGCCUGGUCAGCGUCAGGGCCUCAACGAGGCGCUUUGUGAUUGCUGAAACUUACAUAAAUUUUCCAAUAUGA